AUUUGAUAGUUUGAUCCUUCGCAAUGCUGCUUCAGUCUGGUCUGCGACUGGGCCACUCCAUCGUCCGGUUUGCCUCCACCACCGCCGCCGCCGCCACUACUUCGGCUUCUGCUUCUACAGCGACGCGCGCUGCAAUGAUCACUGUGACGCGCGACUCGCUCCCCGCGGACAAGGACGGCAAGCCCGGCGCGAGCACUGGCGUCGCGAUCGUCGCGUUCAACACGCCGCACAACCUCAACGCAUUCACUGCUGAGCUUGGACAGCAGUUUGAAGCCACCAUGAGCAAGCUUGCAGUCGAUCCAACUCUGCGCGCUGUGGUGCUGACGGGCAACGGUCGAGCGUUCUCUGGCGGCGGCGAUCUGCAGUUCCUGUUGGAUCGCUCAAAGGAGACAGCGAUGAACAACGCAUUCAUCAUGAAGGCGUUCUACCGCCGAUUCCUCUCCAUCCGCAAGGUGCCCGUUCCGACGAUCGCCGCAAUCAACGGACCCGCUGUUGGCGCUGGCUUUUGCGUUGCGCUUGCCUGCGAUUUGCGGUUGGCUGCGACCGAUGCCAAGAUGGGCGUCAACUUUGUCAAGAUUGGCAUCACUCCCGGCAUGGCUGGCACCCACAUUCUCCCCGCCAUCUCCAAUCCCCAAAUCGCAGCUCGGCUGUGCUUGACCGGUGACCUCAUCUCUGGGGCUGAGGCCAAGGAGCUCGGCUUGGUUACCUCUGUCGAGCAGCCCGACCAGCUCGUCCCACGCGCCCUGGACCUGGCACGUCGGAUUGCCAACAACUCGCCGCGCGCGACCCGUCGUCUCGUCAUGAUGCUGCGUGGACGCGUGGAUCAAGGUCUCGAGCAGGCGCUCUGGACGGAAGCCGAUGCGCAGGCGUCGUGCUACAGCGAGCCCGAUCUCAUUGAAGGCAUCAACGCCGUCAAGGAGAAGCGCGCCCCCAAGUUUGUUGAUUUCGGUGCUCCUCUGAUGCCCGGUGGUUCUCAAGAGUAGACAAAAAGCAUGAGCGUCCUUUUUUUGUUUUGCUGGUUGUCGUGCGUGCUCCCAAUCUGCGAACAGCUCCAACGAUGUUUUGAAAAAAGAGAUGAAUGACUGUA